CCCGCACUCGGUUUGUUUUGUUACUGGCAGACAGGAGGGUCCUUGAGUUCCCCCUCCAGCAGUCGUCCCCUCUCAUACCUUAGUGUGGAUUAAGCCCUCCUUCUGAUUGUUCCCCAUUCCGGAAAAGAAGAGCCUUGCAGUGAUUACCAAAGAGACAGUCUGUCACUUGAGGCUGUCUGUAGUCAGUGUGUGUGGGGGUUUGAGAAAAAAUUGUGAUUGUGGAAGGGAGAAACUUUCACAGUGUGUGUGUGUCUCUUGGUGCUUGGCGGACCAGUGGUGUGAUUUUGGUUGUCCUUGGCUGGGCUGGAUGACCCCAGUAGCACCUAGACUGUUCUCACAGCUUCAGUGGUACGCACUUGGUUAAAACACACACACGUUACCACCGUUGUAACUUAAGUGUCUAGAACUCAAAGUCGCAGAAACUUUUAGAGAGCUGCAUCGACUCUCUUUCUUUCAAGAUCACACUGUUUACAUCGCAAGACACAGGGAAUGUGGUUUAGUGUAUAACUGUGGAGGAAAAACUCUUAAGACAGAUGGCAGUGUUGGCAAGGUUUGUGGGUCUCUGCUUCACCACCCUAAAGGAAGAGAAACUCUGUCUAACACCAGUGCAGAUAAGAUUUCAGUAACAGUCAAGCCUUUCUUUAUUUUUUAAGUUUAGUCAAGAAAACGAAAGUGUCUUCCAAUGUGUCGGUCAGCAACAGCAGUUCGAGUGAUGAGAUGAGCGUGAUGUCAGACGGUGGGGGGCAAGGUGGAGGCGAGUCCAGCAAGCCAUACGAUUACUUGUUAAAGUUUCUGUUGGUGGGCGACAGCGAUGUUGGCAAACACGAGAUCCUGCAGCCCCUCGAGGACGGCUCCACCGAGUCCCCCUUUUGUGUCGGCAGUGGCCACAAGACUACCACCAUCCUGCUGGAUGGCAAGAGGGUCAAACUGCAGUUGUGGGACACUUCUGGCCAGGGACGCUUCUGCACCAUCAUAAGAUCGUACUCACGGGGUGCUCAGGGAAUUCUGCUCGUGUAUGACAUUACCAACAAGUGGUCCUUUGAGGGCCUAGAUCGAUGGAUGAAGGAGAUUCAAGAGCAUGCUCCUGGUGUUCCUAAGGUAUUAAUUGGCAACCGACUUCAUUUGGCAUUCAAGAGGCAGGUAAGCCAGAGUCAGGCAGAGCAGUAUGCUGCCAAGAAUCAUGUGAACCUCUUUGAGGUCAGCCCUCUGUGUGACUUUAACAUCGUCGAGAGCUUCACGGAACUGUCGAGAUUGGCUCUGAAACGCAAUGGUAUGGAACGCUUGUGGAGAGCAAAUAAAGUGUUAACACUCCAAGAAUUGUGCAGUCGUGCCAUUGUGGCGACGACUACAGUGUAUGGGAUUGAGCACCUGCCACUUCCGCAGCCGAUAAAGUCGCAUCUGAAAAGUUACACGAUUCACAAUCACACAACCCGACUCAGACAGGGAAUCCCAUUAACAGAUAAACACAAAAAAAAGCACCUAAUGAUUCCCGGUGACACCACAACGUCUUGUGUCAACACUUCUACGUGCACUAUUUGCUAGUCACCCUCACCACCUACGCUUCACCAUCACCUGCUGACACCCCCUUGAAAAUAUGUAGGAUUCACCAUUUAGUGCUGUUAACUUACAGUACCAUAGAACUCGAGUUUUUGCCAGCUUACUGCUAUCAUUUACCUGUAAUCCAACAACAUUCUUUGGUGUUGCAUACAGAAAUAUUGACACUUCAUACUACAAGAAAAUAUGUAUUGUGAAUAGCACUCCUUCUCCGAGGUAAAUGAAGUUUAGCAAUUUUCUGCUGAACAGAUAUUACAGAUAGUCAGAAUAUGGUAAAUAGUGUAGUAUCUUGUUUUCAUCUAGUGGUUUUUUUUUUCAAUAUUAAUCCAGAAAAGUAAUCGGUGUAUAUUUUAGUGGCAGUUUAGAAUGAAAUUCUUUUAAUUAUUUGAUGAAUGUCUGACACUCGUUUUGUUAGGGCUCGCACACAUUUUGUAUUUAACUAUUCUACGAAUGCCUACGGGAUAUGCAAGUUGGCUAUCAUGCAGGUUUCUUUGAAUAUUAGACUUUGGUAAUUUCUCUGUGUGAGUUUAUUAUUAAUACUGAUAAUAUAAUUGUACAAUUAAUUUUUAAGUUACUUAAAAAUUUCUUACGAAUGAAGCUUUGGCAAUGCUGCUGCCAAAGAGGAAAUUAAGUUGAUUAAAGCAAUAACUUUGGUGAAGAAAUCAACCAACAAUGCACAGUUUAAGUGAGAAAUUGUGCUCGUGACAGUAUACUGAGAGUGAGGUUAGUGGUGUGGACAGCUUACUGCAGUGUUUUGGGGACCUGUGGGUGGUGAAAAAUAAUUGAAUUGUGAUAGGAAAGUGGAAAUUACAAUUAGAUCUCUUGUGAUAUCAUAUUGAGACUUGCAAUAAGAUCUUAUGAUAUUGUGGGAUUUGUCUUCUGACAUGGGGCAAAUGUCCAUUGGGUAACUAAUAUUUUAGGGUAUAGAAAUAUGUUUAUAGUCUCAAAAAAAAAAAAAAAUUAUGAGUGCUCUCAGAAAAAAAUAUUUCGUCUUGCAUCUGCUGUUACUUCUUUAAACUUAGUCUUGUUAUUCUAUGAAGGUAGAAAGUGUCAGCAUAAUGAGAUAUAUUUUGUAUAUAGUAUUGUACUGUAUAUAUCAUUUACACAUAUUGGUGGUCGUAUGAUAAGCCGUCAUAAAUCACCGGGUCAUGUGUUUUAAGUGUAAUAAACCCUGUCUCCAUAUGAGGCUGCAGGAAGUGUGAAAAGGGGGUAGCAUGUUACUCUAAGGAGGCCUGGUUGAGGACCGGCCCGUGGGGACGUCAAGCCCCGAAAUCAUCACAAGGUAACCGUAAGGUAGAUAAUCAAACACAGUAAUAGGAAGUGGAAAAUUUGUUGCAACUAUAACUGUCAAGUUUAUUGAUAUUAUUAUGGGAACUUUGCAGAGUUGAAAUAGCUUGGAAUUUUAUUGGAAAUAGAGAGGUCAUAUUGAUGUGGAUAACGAAAAUUUAAAAUACAGAACUUGUCUUUGAACCAUGGCUUUCUCCACGUACUUGGCUGUCAGCAGUUCCUUCUCAUAGCUCUACGUCACUUUAAGCUUCUUGUUUUUUUUUUGCAAAGGCCAAUGUUCACCUAAUAAAAUAUAGAUUCAACUUUUUUGGUCGUUCAUCUUUUUCUGUUUAGCGUGAAGUUAUUGUAUACCUCUGUUACUUGGUACUCAUUAUUAUUGUAGAUGUUUAUAUGAUGGCAGCUGUUGCUAUGAUUAAUAAGUAAACGUAUAAUUGCCCUGUUUGGAGGGAGAUUUCUCCGUUGGAAUACUACUAAAAGCCUUUUGUAUAUUGUUUGUAGUUAGACUAUGUUUAUCAAGAACUGUAAAUACAUUGCACUCCUAAUGCUUGCAAGACAUUAAUUUUUGUUCCAAAAACUAUAAUCUGAUGUAGUUUUGAAGUGUUACGUAACUCUGGAUAAAAUAUGAAAUAAAAUAAGAGACAUGAAUUAAGGUACUGUACAUUAAAGUAUUACAUUAACAGAGGAAUAUUAUAUAUCAAACUUUUUAUGCUAUUUAUGGUCAAAUAAAUUACUUUAUAAGAAAAAUACACACACAUUAUAUAGAUAAUUACACUUACACACACACAUGAUCAUGACACAAUGUGUUAGGUCCUUUUUUAUUGUGUAAUUACUGUAGUUAAGACGUGUAAUCAUAGAUUUAUAAUCUCAAGGCGUGUUUUACCUACAGAUGUUUAGAAAUAUUAGCAAGGAUUAUAUUCAUCUUUGGAUUAAAUUCUGUGAUCUUAGAUUUAGGAGUGGCCAAUGAUUUAAUGUUGCACAAUGAAAUUACAAGAAUGCAAUGAAUCUAUGAAUAAUAUAUUGAGGCUGUAUAAUUGGAUCACACAUGCAACCCCUGAAUGUCUUGGGCCGACUGUGUCCUGGAGGGAUUGAGGGGAACAAGUUCAAUUCCUUUGUAUGGCCUUCAUAGCCUCAAAGCAAUUUAAUGUUUCGUUCAUGAUUGUUUGGAAGGGAAAGAUUCCAAACCAUUGUUAAUUUUUCACUAGUUUUCAGUUCAAAUAUUGUAACAUGAGCAAGUGUUGCAUCCAAAUGUUAGUAACUGAUCACAGAGUUGAUGUUGAAUAUAUGACAAUGGCUUUAUCAUAGUUAUAUUUUUGUAUAUUUUUGCAUAAACAGAAUUAUAGUUAGUGAACUUGACAAAUGAAAAUGAGCAAGAAUAGACGUGGACUAAUACACUGUAUCUGUAAUUCAGACACCUAGUAUAUACAUACUUGAGCAGAAUUUAUGGCAGCAUUAUUUAAUGUCAUUUCACUACUGUAUUAAAGUACUUGGUUGGCUAACCAAAAUGUGUGAAGAAAUGAUAAUACGGUUCAGUGCAUGCAGAUACCUCAUUUGUUGCUCCUAACGUUUACUUCCCAUCUUAUGUUGAAAACAUUCCUCCCCGCAGUUGACACUAUUGAGAUUAAUGAGAACCAGCUUGAUAUUUUUUUGGGUGGGAAGAGGUGUAAUUCUGGAAACUUUGCAAAACGGUGGCAGUUGUCUAACCAUUUGUGUAGCAUCUAAGGUAAUGUAGUGUUUGGCAUGUCCGCAUACUCCGGCAACUUUACAGAAUCUACUGUACCUAUGCAAACCUACAUAACCUCCAGGAAUUACAUGAUUACCAAGUUAAAAAAAAACUGCAGUAGGUACUCUGCCUUUGUUCAUUUUCAGCUAACAAUAUUGUCUUUGCACAGAGAAAUCACAUUAACGUGAUAUUUCCACAGGAUUUGACUAGAGCACAUCUGGGAACAUUCGGCUCCAUAGGUUCGAACCCUCGUCAAAGCUCCUGUGGAUUUGUUAAUACCUGUAUUGUCUUGGAUAAUUACAUACUUCUUGGCUCAUUUAGUGGCAAUUUUAUCUUUUUUCAGACAAUCACUUUUACUUAACUAAAGUACAGUAUACAGUAGAUCACAGAACAACAACUGUGUAUUAGUUAGUGUCUACUGAUUUUUUUUUUAUGGAGGAAGGCUUUUCUUUUUUAACAGGAGGAAAUCAUUUUUCCUGUACCUUUUUAUAAGCUAUAUCUUGUCAUUUCUCUCCAUAUUUAUAUAAUUUUCUAAAUUUAAUUUUGUUUUAAUAAAUUAAGAUUGGCAUCUCCCAAAAAACUAAAAGUCGCGUUUGUUGAAUGAGCGUCUUCCUCAUAAUUGAGAAAUAAUAUUUCAUUUUGAUAGUGGUGUACAUUUACUAAUCUUUAAAUAAUAUUCCUUGUGGUUCUUUCUGAGGCACUGUAUAGUUUGUGAUACAAGUUUAUUCUAUAAAUUCAAAUUAUGAAGCUCUAAUAAAGUAUAAUAGUUUAAAGUUAUAGAAUAAAUUCAAUUUUGAUUGCCAUCAUUAUAUUUACACUGAAACUAAGGAAGAUAUAUAUAAAUAAUGUACAGUAAUCUGUUUUUUGUGUAUAAAUAUUAUUAAGAUCAGAAAGUGUUUCAUAGAAUAACAAAAAUUAAAAUGACUUCUGAGCAAACAUCUGAAUUUGACUUUUAUAAAUUUGCUGCCCACAACCCUUGUGCAGUUGUGUAAUGCAUGUCUGAAGGCUAAAUAUGACUUGGGGAAGUAUUGUUUAUGCCAAGAACAAACGAACAAUUAAUUGCAAAUAAAUUGUUAUUCCCUGACGACUUUUCUUGCAUCAUCUGAGUUUGAUGCUCUGCAAGAUAUGCAUUUUUAUAAUUAUUAUUUGUAUUAAUCUUUUUGUUGUUGUUGUAUUUUCUUGAUAUACAAUAAUAUUUAACCAUUACAGGUAUGUAGUUUGCAACGCAACAUUUUUCCUUGCUCUUGGCCAGGCAAUUUCUGUAUGAAAACAAUAUGGCAAUAUUAUUGUUAAUAGCAUGUUAAUGUUUAUGGUUAGACUGCUAAGGCUUCAGAAACUUGUAUAGCACUUUGUUAAUGUCACUCAAUUGUAUUUAAAUAUAUUCGUCCAAGUCAGAUAUUUCAGCAGUUCGUCCAGUCUGUUAGGGUAUCACGCAGAUGUGUUAGUGUCUGAUGGUUAUAUUGUAUUGUGACUUCCAAUGUUAAGAUCAGAGCACCAAAGGAUAAUUGGACUUUUUAAAUUUUCGUUUUUUUUUUUUAAACGAAUAAUGAUGUUCUAAAUUGGAAAUUAGGAAGGCCAUUGGUAUGGAAGACAAAUUGGAGUUCAAUAUCAUGUGUGUAAAUGAACAGCUCCUAUACUCCAAGGAACUGUCUCGUGUGUGGCGUUAAGUGAAAGAUUUUUAAUCAAAGUGGGGAAAAAAUGACACCGGAAGUUGGUCACUGUCUCUACUAUGGUAAUGUACAAAUUUUUUGCCUUCACCUCUUUAGGCUAGGAAAUUGUAAUGCUGUGAUGUUGAAUUGCUCUCAAGACCACCAUUAUUUUGCCUAAAGUUUACUUGCAUAGUUCAUUCUUUAGCAGCAAUUGUGUUUUAUUAUGUAGAUAGUUAUAGCCAGCAGAAAGUGGUUCUCAAUAUAUUUUCAUCUCAUAUUGCAUGGACAAAAUUUGACCAUAAUUUCACAUAUAAGAGAAAGUGUCAAAAUACAUCUCUGGUAUUAUAUAUAGUAGCAUUGAGUUUAAAUCCCAGCUGCCAUAAGGUACAUUAAAUACUACUGUAUGUGGUAUUCAAACUAUAUUAUUACUGAGCUGUAUUUAUUAAGUUUUUAACCAAGUUAUGGCAGUAUUGUAACUUUGUUGACAGUGAAGCAAACACCAAUAAUACAGCUGAGAGGUGAUUCUGUACUCACAUAGUUGUGCUUGUGGGGGUUGAGCUUUGGCUCUUUGGUCCCGCCUGUCAGUCUGUGUUGAUUGGAAAGCGUAUGUAAGGGAUGCUUUGUAUUUUGAUUUUAUGGGAAGGCCUCUUCACUGACUAGUGUACUAAAACACUGGUACCAUUACACUUAUGGUUGUGUCAGGCUGCCGAGACCCACACUAACCUGUCAGGACCAGGCUCUUUAUUUCUUAAAUCUAAGACUACCUGGGCUUCUUCGAGAAAUUGGCUCAUUUUGUUGUGCUUUGUUUUGUUUUUUCCAGUUUUAGGUUGAUCUUCGAUCCCCAAGCUCCUUCCCUCACACUUGUAGAGCACGCCAGAUACUAACUCUUGAUAGGCAAGGGUGGGUCUCUGAUGCCUCAUGCAUCACCCUAAGGCUUGGUUUUACCAGUACGUACUGUACUGUACUUGGCUCUGAAGCUCGCGAGGGCCUCACUCAAAAAGUGCAUUUGAUUACACUAGGGUUGAUUUUUAUUUAUAUGUAUUAAUGUAAUUUGACCCACUUGAUUAUGAAUAUAAUUGUUAACAUAUUUAAAAAGCAAUAUGGUUAAUAUUAUGUAAAUCUUUUAAAAGACUUUGCCUUUCUCAAAUAUUUAUACAUUUCCCCAUUGCUGCUUCCUUGCAUUAUUUUUUUUCAUUUAGCUGUUCUUCAUUGCUCAUUUCUUAAUCAUUCAUUUUACCCUUGCAACAAAAAAAGGAUAGAAAACCAGGGCUAUGAAGUAAGGCAUUGAAAUGUAGGACCAAAUUAAGUAUUAUUUCUUUAAUAUGAUAUGGUUUGUACCUUAGACUGGAUAAAAGAAAAUUUAUGUAAAGCAGGUGGUAGCAGUACAUACAAAAAGUCCUGUUGAGAAUAGAAGAUAUGAAGCAAAUCAUAAUACUGUACCUGCCUAGACAUUUUUUAUUUAAUUUAUUCUUUUUUUCUGGGGGGGGGGUUAAUCGCUAUUCUAUAUCUAUUUUUUUUCUCGUAGUUUAUAUCUACUUUUGCAUGACGUGAUUACCCUCUCUUGACUAGCUACCUGUCUACUUCCUUUGCUUUUUGCAGUACCUUAUUGCUUGUAAUCCCUUUAACCUGCUUUUCAGUUGCCUUCUAUUUUCCAUGCACCUCCCAUUUCAUGUAGGUUGAGCUUUACAUGGCUGCUUCCUUUUUCUUUAGUUUGUCUAAUCCUCUUUAUUACAAAAUACUGUCUACAUUAUAUUUAUCAGUGUGUAUCAUUUGGUACCAUGCAAUGAGGGUAUGACAAAGUGGAUGUGUGUGUGUGUGUAGCGUAGACUUGCUAUACGUGCUUUUGUUUGUGUAUCUGAGAGUACUGUAGCCAGCCAGUAUGAAAUCGCGGUACACAUUGGUAGCAAGAGCUCUUUUUAUUCUCUCUUUCUCUCUCUCUUUCUCUCUCAUAUGUAUAAGAGCAUUCUGGAAGGCAUUUCUACAGAAAAGCAAAGUUUUCAGCAAAAUUAUGAUUAUUAUAUAUAUUACUGUAUCAAGAUUAUGUAAAAAAAGAAAGAGGCGGUUCCCCAAUUCCUAUAGUCUUUGUAUAUUUUGUACAGAAGUGUCGUGCUUAGUCUGGCAUGUCUUUGUAAAAAAAAAAAAAAGUUUUUUAUAAAAUUGUACUAAGUGAAAA